AUGGAGGGCUACGGUUUCACACUCACCGGCGGUGCCAUCUUCGGUAUCGUCAUCAGCGUCAUCAUAGUACUUGUCGCAGUCUGCGUCAUCGGCUGGCACCUCCGCCAGCGGAAUCACAGACUCAAGCAGGCCAAAGAGGCGAACCGCGCCAAUGACACAGAGCUCGCUGUCCGCAGCACUGACACUCGUCGUCAACUCCGUGAAGUCCCUGCCCCUGCCGCACCGACCCCUGCCCAGCAAGCCUUUCAGUCACCCAGCACGUACGGCGAUUUCGCGCAGCAGCAGGAGAUCCACGGUGGACCCUCGGUAGAGCAGCAGAGCGCGCAUGAUCGCUAUUUCUAUCUUCGAGACCCGUAUGCGCAGCCGAGCAGUCCACUUCGCCAACAACACUGGGCGAAUUGUGGCGAGCGCCAGCUCACCCAUCAUGCGGCGCCACGACGGCACCACGACAGGCAAGAACCGCAAGAAGCCAGUCAGACGCACCAUAGCCCUCGCAACAUACAGCAGCAGCACCGGCGUCACGACGCUACACUGGUGCGCCGCCCCCACGAUGCCCAGCACCAACAAGAGCGCGUGGAGAGCAAGGGGGAGACCGGCAAGCCAGUACAUGCAAGUCGGAAACCCCGUCGCGCGGGUCGUCUCGCCGAUCUUGUCCGCUAUGAUCCGCCAACCGUCGCGCUGCCUGUUGGAGCUACCAAGCCGCAGGAGGACAAGCAGACUGAGGUGGUUCAGCCCGGCAAGCGCCGCCUGAACCGCUGA